GCUGAUAUUUCCCAUAUUCCCAUUCAACGGGAAUUCUCAGCAUCAGCAAUGGCAUUGAGAGGAGCAGCCGGUGCUUCCAUUGCUUCUGUCUCCUCUUCAUUCUUUGCAAGACGAAGAACCCCAAUUUUCCUCUCAAUCCCUCACCAUUUUACGCUCAAACCCCAUAAUCCUCCUUCAUAUCACCCCAAUACCCUUCCAACCGUUCCUAUUUGUCGACCCGGAUUUCAAUGUCAAAUUCGGGCAAUUAGUCAGGCAGCUGCGGAGAUCGAAGUCUCCAAGAAAGAAAACGAAGAACAAUCACCCAGAGACUGGAAGAUUAAAAUGCUUUAUGAUGGAGAUUGUCCACUUUGCAUGCGCGAGGUCAAUAUGCUAAGAGAGAGGAAUAAGAACUACCGUACAAUCGAAUUUGUCGAUAUAAGCUCAGAUGACUACUCUCCGCAGGAGAAUCAAGGCCUCGACUACGAAACUGUUAUGGGAAGAAUUCAUGCUAUUCUCUCCGAUGGAACUGUGGUCACAGAUGUUGAGGCAUUUAGGAGAUUAUAUGAACAAGUUGGUCUUGGUUGGGUUUAUGCCAUUACAAAAUAUGAACCAAUUGCUACAAUUGCUGAUGCAGUAUAUGGUGUGUGGGCUAAAUACCGUCUUCAAAUUACAGGCCGACCACCUAUGGAAGAAAUAUUAAAAACUCGAAAAACUAAGGGUGAAGUAUGCAAAGACAGCAACACUUGCAAGAAGUGAAUUUCCAUGAUAGCUGAUGGUUGUGGUCAUUUUAUUCACAACUAGUAAAGUUUGCAUUUAUAUGAGCUUGGUUUGAAAAACAAGCCAACAUAGAUACGUGUCACAGCUCUUCUCCAUGUUAGCCGUAAUUCAUGUCUAUUUCAGUACAUGUAUUAGGUAACUCUUUUUUUCUUUUUUCUUUUUUCCAUUUAUAAAUUUUGCUGCCGUGAGCUGAAAUAAGAACUGGGAAUGUAUAUAGAUAUCACUUGGGGCAUGUGUAUCAUCAGGGAAGGAUAUGUAGAAUAGUUCCAUUUGCACGUAAAUACACAAACACAGAAAGUUCCCCUAUCCAUGCUGUGUGCGUAUAUUUCCCUACUGAGCGUGGGGAUUACUUUUGGUUGCCCUUACUUUUAUUGGAUGAAUUGUAAGAUCUUGAAUAUAUGCGUCCUUACUCAUUAUCACUUGUAUGUAAGUCAUUUAUUUUUC